AUGCACGUUCAUGCUGACUAUCUGGCCUGCCCGCAGUACCUGCAUCGGAAGUCGCACCAUAACAAACCAACCGUCCACAUCACCUACGAUGAAGGCAUUCAAAUCAUUCGCCAAUUCCUGCGUUACGCUUCAAAGCACUCCGUUGAAGACCUCCAGGCGUUCACGCGCCAGUGGGUCCCCAGCCCGCAUUGGGUGAGGACAGAACCCGUUACGAUCCCCGAGGAAUUUUUGUCGUCAGCAGCAGAUGCGCUUUCUAAACAACUUGGUCCCAAGGGCAUUGUGCGUGUUGGAGGUGAAAAAUGGUGGCAAUGGCGGGGGCCGGCCGAUGAUCUCAAGGGAGAAUGGAUUGAAAUGCGUAGCCAUUACAACGAAAGGAAGAAGUCCAAUGAGCGCAACAACCGGAUCAUGCUGUAUAUCCAUGGGGGGGCGUACUUCUUUGGUAGCGUCGAUACCCAUCGCUACAUGCUGCAACGCCAUGCUCGGAAGUUGAAAGGUCGCGUCUUCGCGCCGGACUAUCGUCUUGCGCCCCAGUUUCCUUUCCCGUGCGGUCUGCAGGAUUGUAUGGCCGCCUAUCUAUGGCUGCUGAAAAGCUACGACCCCAAGGAAAUUCUCAUAGCCGGCGAUUCCGCAGGUGGUGGCAUGACCUUGUCUCUGCUGGUCAUCAUGCGAGACCAGGGCAUUCCACUACCCGCAGGCGCGAUUCUCAUUUCGCCAUGGGUCGAUUUAACGCACUCAUUCCCGAGCAUUGUCGACGACAACCCUGGAGACUACAUACCCCCUUACGGAUUCCGGCACAAGCCCUCCGCAGCCUGGCCUCCGCCCAAUGCCGACGAGAUUCAGAAGAUCAAAAAGCUAUCUCGCCAGCAAACUCUUACAGCCAAGGAUAUCGAAGAUGUAGUUCCGACGGCGAAUCGGGAUGCCGAGAUUACUGCCGUCCGCGGAUAUACAAUACACGAGAAGAAGCCUACGGCGGAGGGGCAUGCUUAUCCGGGCAUGCAGCAGAAUCCAGACCCAGGCACCGUGGAUGCUGAACCCGACAAUAUCCGUGUUGUCCUGGAAGGGAAAACGAUUGAACUCAAAGAUCAAAUACAGAUGUACGCAACUAAUCAACUGAUAUCCCAUCCUCUGGUGUCGCCCAUUCUUCAGCCAUCACUGGGAGGUCUUCCGCCGCUUCAGAUUAUUAGCGGUGGCGGUGAGACCCUUCGCGAUGAACAGUUCUAUGUGGCCCAUAAAGCGGCCAACCCGACAGCGUACCCACCCGGCGAGGUAUAUCUCGACGAGUUCGAUCCUGACCGUGAAAUAUUGACAAAAUACGAGCCAACAUACGUUCAGCUCCAAGUCUGGGAUAACCUGUGCCAUGUCGCCCCGACGCUAAGCUUCACCCGACCAGCCAAGUAUAUGUUCCGCGCAAUCUCCCAAUUCGGUUCCUGGGCGUUGGCUCGUGCCCAGAAGGCCGAUGUGGAAAUCAUGGACCAUAAUAUCGUUUCGCCAGUCUCAUCCAGCGGCUCGGACGACUCAGAGAGCCCACGUGGCAUUGCAGGCUCCAGAAAGCCGACGUUCCCACCUGGGAUAUCUGUUGGAAAGGCUGGCGAUCCGCUGCCCGCUUUUGAUCAAUACAUGAUUCGCCAACGAGUCGACAAGCGUGGACGUGUUUACCAUCUCGACCCGCCGUCGUCCUAUCCAGUACUUAAUAUUCCGCCCUCAAUGGUUGGUGCAAUUAAUCCAACACUGAUUCAAAAAUGGCUUGAGGCGAAGCAUGAAUGGGACGAGAAGUUCUCCAAAGAGAAGCUGCGGGUCCAGAGCCGACGCCUCCGAGAGAUGGCACAUGGCUUCCAGGACUUCGAGGGUGAAUGCCCGCCUCCAAGCUCUCUGGCUGCUCGUCGUGCGGCUCCAGGUGUACUGCCGAAGUGGCACGCCAAAAAGAAUUACGGAUUGAUGCUCUGGAGUGGCUGGGGCAGCAAGCACGAUGAACGGACCAUGGAGAUAGAACAUGAGGUUGAAAAGUCCGGUCGCCGUACAACUCGCACCAGUGUAGAUGCUGGACAGGCUGGUUCGUACUCGAGUGUGCCUUCCACGAACCUUCAGACCGGCAAUUCUGGCAAAAGUAAGUCUGAGAUAGUCGCCGAAAGGCCCUCAACUGGAGCGGGAGCGGUCACCUGGGAUGCCCCAAGCGAAAAGAAGCAGUCAAACGGAGAGUCUGCGACGGGCCGUGCCUCUGAAUCAACUUCUGUGCGGCCUUUGUCAGAGAGAAGUGGCGGCCCUCUCCUUAUUCUGCCAGGUGUUGACAACCUGAAGUUGAAAGACGAGAAUGCAAGCACUAGGGCGCUCUUCCACGCAGCAGGAACCCUAUCCAUGUCAUCGGAUGCUUCCCUAUCCUACCCGAGAGGUCGACCAUCGUCUGUUGGUGGCUCAGUGACUGGCCGGAGCGAGUUCAUGUCAGAUACCGGCGAAGAUGCCAGCACAAUCGGUGGUGACAAGGAGUCGAGUGCAAUCACCCCUGUUGCACCUGACGCUGCUAGCACCCGCGCUGUUCUAAGCGCCAAGGGUGUGGUAGGUGUAAUCAACGGUGGAGACAGCGACCCUGUCUCCACUGAUACCACAUCUCUACGCGUACAUCUCUCGGAUGCAGAUGAUUCGUCUGCUGUCGGCAAAGAUGGUCGAAACUCCACGUCUCAUCGGCCAGAUAUGCCUGACAGGGAAGAGUUUAAGACAGCUGAGGAAGCCCUGUAG